GCACUAUGCGCGUGAAUGAAGUGGUCGAGUGCACUUGCGCAGGGGAGGUGCUGCUUACGUUUUAACCAGAGAGUGGUUAUUUAUUUAUUUAUUUUCGCUUCCUUUUUGUGCGUGGGAGGAGGUGUGGAAAGAGGCAGUGUUUACAAGAUUAAUGAAAAGAUGGCGCUGGUGGGGGGAGAGGAAGAAGGAGCCCACUCGAAAACGAGCAUACACCCGGCUACAACCGGCAGCGCUGCUUCUCGCAGCCCCCUCGCUUUUGGGCUUGCUUCUCGAGACAGGGACACCCGCGUCCAGGAGCUUAAGGCGACGCUGGUGGAGGCACUGGGACCAUACGAGCCGCUUGUCACCUACCUGCAGUCGGUGCUUGUGUGGGAGAAGCCGUUGCACAGCCUGCUACUCUACGUGGGAGUCAAUGGCCUGUUUUGGUUCUUUGUUCUUACCUCCUUGCGCAUGAUUUUUCUGCUGUCAUUCAGCCUGACUGUGAUAGUAUGCAUUGACACUUGGAAAAACAAGAUAUGGCCAGAAUUCGGAGUGAAACAUCUGGAGGAUCCCGAGACUGAAAGCUGGGGUCUGGUGCAUCCUGGUCUGCUAAGCAUUCCGGAGCUGUGCCAUCAUGUUGCUGCACUGUGGGUCAGCGGAGUGUCUUUUUCAAGAAACCUGAUGCUUUUCAAGCAUCACAGUCCAGGCAAGUUUUGUCUUUUAGCCUGUGGCUUCUUCACAUUUUUGGCAGUGCUGGGCCGCUACAUUUCAGGGCUGCUUCUGUCCUAUGGCAUGCUGCUUGCUUUAUUGCUGUGCCCUUUGGCAAUGUAUCAUAAAGUGGGCCAGAAAAUCCAUGCUUGGCUGGAACCUGCUCUUCUGAGGUUUGACUUCAGUGUCCGUGGCUACAUGAUGACAAAACAGAAGGAGAGACAAAUGCUAAACAAAGGUUAUACACAAGGGUCCAUGGUAGAAGGCAGUGACAGUGAGGAGGAGCUAGCUGCAUUUUGUCCCAAGCUGGAUGAUACAGGCUUGGCCAAAGAGCUGGCAAUCACAGACUCUGAGCACUCCGAUGCAGAGGUGUCCUACACAGAUAAUGGUACCUUUAACCUGUCUCGUGGCCAGACGCCACUCACUGAAGGCUCUGAAGAUUUGGACCGUCACAGUGAUCCUGAAGAAUCUUUUGCCCGCGAUCUUCCAGAUUUUCCUUCUAUCAAUCCCGAAGCUACUAUUCUUGAUGAUGAUGAAGAUACCAGCAUCGGCAUCCCUAGCGUUUCCUAUCGAUCCUUUCCACGGGAGAGGGGGCGCCUGUACUCUGAUCAGGAAGAAAUUGACGCAGAACUGUCGCUAAGCGGGUUACCCCCUCCACAGAACUUCACCACAGACCUAGCAGGAGUCCUGGCCAGCAAUAUGAUUCAAGCAGCCUUGAUAGGUGCUGCCCAGAGUUCCAGUCAGAGAGACGCUACCCAGAGAGCAACUCGGGGCUACCGCAAGCAAUCUAGCUCCGAGUUGGACACUGAUGUCGAAGGGGAUGAUUUUGAAAUGCUGGACCAGUCUGAGCUGAACCAAAUUGAUCCCACCAGCUCUCAGAGUCACCAGAAGGAAAACCAGCAAGCACAACAUUCCAGUUCAGGCUUCCUGGCCAACCUUUUGAGGAAACAGUAACUCUUCCCCACCCCGCGUUCAAAUGUCAAUGUGCUCUAGUUCUCCUUGGUGUUUUGCUGUGGCAACCAAACAGUUUUGGUUGUAUUCAUCACUGUGAGGUAUGAAGCAGCAAAUGCUUCACUUUGGCCCACCCUGACAAGCGCGUUCCUUUCCUUUUUUUUUUUUUUUUGUUUCCUUCUGCAAAGAACACCUCCACUUAUUUAAAAAGAAAAAAAAAUCCCAAUCCCCACAAACACAACUUUAAUUAAACAAGAAAGUGCCCUCUUGGAAAUGCUGAAGACUUUUCAAUAAUGCCGCUAGGUUUGAGAAUGUGUGCUCACACUUUGGCUUGAAUCAGAAUUGAAAUCAUGCAGGAACCCUUUGUAAGUUUACACAUGCUGUAUUUGUACUUUUUUGGGUAUACAAUUUAGUACACUGAAUUUCAUACCACGCACUUUAGUAUUGAAAUAUCAAUGGAAUAUGUGAAAUAACAGAUGGCCUAUUCCGAAAUAUGCUUUUUUUUUUUUUGCGGAAUAUUGAGUGAAUAGCUGUAAUCCGAAUUCCGAUGGCUACAUAGCUGGAUGUUCACUUGUGGGAUGCUGAACACCUCGCACUGCUAAGAUCAGUUUUGGUUUCUGUUUACAAUAAGGGUGUGGUCUUUUAUUAUUAUUUUUGCUCUAGUGAAAGCCACAAAUAAGAGAUUUUUACAGCCAUAAGGAGAAUGGAGUUCUCGUUUGGCAACUGACAAUAAACAAAUUAAGCACUUGUUAUCGCAAUGAAGAAUAUUAGACAAUGUUUAAGUUGUAAGUUAGCUGAAUUCUGGUGCUUUUUGUGAAGUUUAAUGUAUAUAUUUGUAUAUUUAUCUUUUUAAAUUUGUAUUCAUAUCACAGGACCCCGUGUUCACAUUCCAAAGUUUAACAAAUCGUUUACUUAAGAAUGUAGAACUUUUGCGGUUGGUGUCGUAAAGGAAAGCAGUGUUGGAAAGAGAGAGAACCGCAGUAGCCAUACUCUGCACGAUGGAGUGCCGCCCAGGAUAACGUGUCAGGCUAGAGGCAGAGGCGGACGGCUGACUUUAUCUUAAAAUGCAGUUCUUCAGAGUGAAAGGAAGUAAAAAAAAAAAAAAAAAAAUUCUAGAGGCACCAUCUGACAUUUCUAGGUGGGUUUUAAUUUCAGGAAACCACUUCUGACAAACAUGUUUCUAAGGCAACUUUAGAGUAGUCUAGCCUUUUGUUCUUGGCUGUAAGUUAAAAUAUAAAAAAACAAAACUGAAUUUUUGUGCAUUUGUCGUGAUCAAGUGAAAUAGUGUACUAGGCAGUUUUAGCAAUUGGUUGGGGGACCAGAACUUCUGCUGUUUGUUUUUUUGAAUGUUUAUUCUGCUGUUUCCUUUGUGGAUUGUACUUGUGUUGCAAUAAAUUUAAUUUCAAAAUCAAUUCCCCGUAUAUACACACACACACAUUUAAUAGGUUAAAAACAUUAUCUUAGGCAAGCGUUGCACUUGGGUGCAAAAUUGUAAGUCGAACAUUACAGCACGGAAUUUCAUGUACAGGAACAUGGGAUUGCUUGGGGUCAUGUGACAGCCGCUUCAUUGGUCACUCCACUCCGUCAAUAGACGUCAUCCGUAUUCAUUAAAUAUGGGAGAUGGUUAAGUUAGGAGGGCAAAGGAGUUCAACGAAUUGAACUAAAAGCUGUAACGCUCCUCUCUGACUGCAGCAGUGUUUUUGUUAAAUCCAGGUUUUCUUGCAGGUUGUCUCAUCUCUCCUUUAUUUCUUUUGCCGUUUUAUAACAUUUAACUGCCAAGAGUGCUUGGACUUUUUAGCUGAGCUAAAGGGCUACAGCUGUGGAAUUCUUCACUUUUCCUAUUGUCAAAUAUUCUCUCUCAUAGGCUUGUGGAGAGAGAAUCAACCGACUAGAUGCAGUUCAUGAAAUAUACAUUUUGUAGGUGUCAGUGAAAAUACAGUAUUUGCAAUUUCUGGUAAGUGUGAGUUGACUUCAUAUUGUUCGUUCUUUCUUUAUUUUUAGGACAGUUGAAGACAUUGACAAUUAACACAAAAUGAGACUUUACUGGAUGAAAUCUUCACGCGGAUAGUAAAUAACAAAGGUGUCGUGUACCCAAACUGUUAUGGAUUUUGUAGAUAUUUUGCUUUUCGUAUUGAUAUUUUGAAAAAAUUGAGAUUUCCACUGCCCUUUUCAAACUAAACCCUAUCACACCUUUCCAGAAUUUGUAUUUAACUGCAUUCAAAUACAUGUGUCAAUGGCUUGCGUUAAGUGCAUUUCAUGUUCGUAGGAUCAACUUCUCUGUGAUUAUGGCAACUGGAACAGGCAGAUGUUACCAUAAGUUCCGUUUAAGGCCAGUUUGCAUUUUCUCUUCUCUUCAUGUUGUGUUCGUUUCCCGCCCCUAAGGAACAUUUGACUAACUGGUGACUCUAAAUGAGUGAGUGUUGAUUUGUCCCAUCCAGGAUUAAUUAAAUCCUGCCUUUUGCCCUAAUAGGUCUUGUCACCUUAUGUGUGUGUGCUCGGUGUUUUCUGUGCCCUCUGUAAAUUGCACUAUUUUACUUUCCUGGCAAUCAUUUCAUACUUUUUAGCUGGUGUAGAUUGUAUUUUACUUCACUUGAUUUAUAUCGAGAGGGCUUUUUCAUGCCUUACAGUGCACAUAUCAGUCAAUUUGACUAGGAGAACUGAAAUAUUUGGAAAAUAUUAAUUUAUAAGUUUUGGUUUAAAGCUGUGUACAUAUGACGAUCUGAAUUUGCUGUUCAGUUUUUGAGCGUCUAUUUGAGAAGCUGCAAAAUGUCCCUCCUUAGUCCUUUUUCCUACACUUGAUUGUCAUUUUUCCUGUGAUAUGAAUAUUACCCAAUAGUACUUCUAAGAAUAAUUCAAUAAUCCAGAGUCUGAUGUCAACAGAAAAAAAAAAAUAGAUAAUACAGGCGAUACGGAGAUGACACAUUUCAAAAGCAGCUUCUCUUUAACCUUUAGUUAUUUCUACAGUGUGUUUUUAGGGAAUCCUUUCCCUUCUAACUGGUUCUUUUGAUAUGCUUUGAUGUAAAAUGUGAUUAAAGACCGUCUGUGUAUUGAAAUGGUAUUAGAAACUAAAGCAUUCAGUAAAGUGUUUGUAGUAAA